GUUUCUUUCCCUUUUUCCUAGGCCCAGGAAGUAAGAAAGCGAGUAUCUCUGGAACCCAGCUCUUCCAGUGUAUUUGUCUCAAAUGUUUCCGCUGCAAGGAUGAUUGAGGGGGAUAGGAAUCCUGCAACCCGCUGCCCGGGACCGGCCGGGGACUGGGAGAUAUAGAGCGAAGCCCCAAAGGAGGUUCUGCUUGGCUGCAUGGACCCAGGGACCGGCUUCUUUCCCGGGGGUCUUUCCCAACCCAAUCCUGAGCCUCGAAGCGUGAGUCCUUCUCCAGAAUCGGGACCCCCAGGCAGGAAACACUCGCUUGGAGCAGCUGUGCUCUGAUCCUUAGGCUGGAAACCCCAAAGACAAGGAAGAUGUCGGAGUCGCGGGUGAAGAGGCUGGCCACGACCCUGAUGGACGCCACCACGGAUAAGGACCCGCUGGUCCACGAGCAGAUCUUCAGCGCCUUGUGCUACUUGGGCGGGCAGGAGCCGGAGGAGAUCUUGCACGCCUGCGAGGAGUACCUUCGGCAGCAUGACAAGCUGGCCUACCCGCACCGGGUCAUCAUCCUGCGGGCCAUGGAGGCGGUGGUCAAGGGCAGCCUGUCCCAGCUGGACAAGAGCACGGCCAAGGUGGUCAUCUUCCUGGCCUCCAACGAAAUGACCAAGUCCAAGGACAUCAUCUUUGAGUGGCAGCAGGCGGCCAGCAACGUCCUGGUGGCGGUGGGCCGGCGCUUCAUCAACAAGGUCAUGGAGGAGGUGCUGACCAAGUUCCAGCCGGGCGUCCUGCCCCACUACUUCAUCGUCCAGACCUUCGCCAACCUCUCCAUGGCAAACGUGUUUGGGAUGGUGCCUUUCCUGAACUCCAUCCUGGGGACGAUGCUGCCCAUGCUGGGGAUGGCCAGGCAGGACAACAUGAAGUCCGUCUUCUGCUACGCGCUGCAGUCCUUCAGCGAGAGCAUCCAGGAGUACCUGGCCAACCUGGACAAGGCCCCGGACCCCACCGUCCGCCGCGACACCUUCUCCAACGAGAUCUUCAGCGCCUACGAAGUGCUCUUCUACGGGUGGCUCCAGAGCCGGGAGGCCAAGCUGCGCUUGGCCGUGGUGGAGGCCUUGGGGCCCAUGACGCACCUCCUGCCCAGUGAGAAGCUGGAGGAGCAGCUCCCACGCCUCAUCCCGGGGAUCCUGGUGCUCUACAGGAAGCCGGCCGAGGCCUACUACAUCUCCAAGAGCCUGUGCCAGAUCCUCGAAGCCUCGGUCAACAUUGGGAGCCGGACUUUGGACACGCAGCUGGACACUCUCCUCAACGCCCUCCAGCUCCAGAUCUGUGCCCCUCUGGACUCCUCCAUGCCGGUCCCUUUGAAGAACCACAACGAGGUCCUCCGUUGCUUCACGGUGCUUGCCUCUUCGUUCCCUGACCACCUGCUGGGCUUUCUGCUCCCGAAACUGGAGUCGGGCAACGAGAGGAUCCGGGUGGGGACCCUCACCAUCCUGCGGCAGAUCAUCAACAGCACCCCCUCUCAGAUGGAGUUCAAGAAGCCCUUCAUCCUGUCCUCCAUGAAGCUGCCUCUGCAGGACAACAGCAACAGGGUGAAGCGGGCGGUGGUGCACGUGAUCAGUGCCAUGGCCCACCACGGGUACCUGGAGCAGCCCGGAGGAGAGGCCCUGAUCGAGUUCCUUGUCCGGCAGUGCGCGCUCCCUGCCAACCAGGCCCUUCUGCUGCCCCGGAGGUCAUCCCUGGAGAUGGAGGACCUGACCGACAGCCACGUCCGGGACAUCAGCGUGAACACCCUCUUCCUCAUCAGCACCACCGUCGACAGGAUGGCCGAUGUUCUCUGGCCGUACCUCCUGGAGUUCGUGACCCCCAUCCCCUUGACCAACGCCUUGACCCCGCUCUGCAAGAGCCUCCUCUUCCUGGCUGCCCAGAGGCAAGAGGAGGAGGGCGACGGCUUCCAGCUGACCUACGACAACAACGCAGGCCUCCCGUCCCCUUACGCUCUCACAGUGCGGCUGUUGGUGGUGUCUUCCCAGCCCUAUUUGGGGGAGGGCCGGGGGUCCGCCUGCCUCCGCCUCCUGAACGUCCUGCAACUGAGUGUCCACAAAGACCUGAAGCCCCUCUGGAGCAGGAAGAUCCCGGCUCUGGUGGAACAUCUCGAAGCAAACACAACGGAGUCCCUGUCCCAGAAGGAAUGGGAGGAACGGCUGCUGAAGUUCCUUCGGGAGACCCUGGCCGCCAUUUCGGACCCCCUUUGGACGUCUCAGCUGACCCAGGAAAUGUGCCGGCGGCUGAGCAGCUACAACUGCUACCCCAUGGAGAAGAACUUCCUCUACAAGUGCAUUGGGACCGCCCUGGCCGCCUGCAACAACAAGGACCUGGUGCGGAAGCAGCUUCAGGACCUCCUGGAAACAGCCCGGUAUCAGGAGGAAGCCGAAAGGGAGGGCUUGGCCUCCUGCCUGGGCCUCUGUGCGGUCACUCACCUGGACGAGACCCUGGCCAAACUGGAGGAGUUCGUCAAGUCGGACGUCUUCAAGAAAUCGGCAGGCCUCUUCAGCAUCUUCAAGGACCGCAGUGACCACGAGGUGGAGAAGGUCAAGAGCACGCUGAUCCUGUGCUACGGCCACGUGGCCAAACACGCCCCGAGGGAGCUGGUGCUGGCCCGCAUCGAGACCGACAUCCUGCGCAACAUCUUCCUCUACUUCAACACCAAGGUUCUGGGAAUAAAGGUAGAAACCAAGGACUUGACCCUGAAGCUGUGCCUCAUCCGGAGCGUCUGCAUGAUCUGCCAGGCCAUUUGCGCCAGCGACCAGUCCGGGGACUUCUCCUUCUCCCGGAAGGCAGAGCUCGUUUUGCAGAUGACGGACUUCAUCAAAGCGGAGCCUGUGGACUCCCUGCGAACGUCCAUCCGCCAGAAAGCCAUGAUGGCCUGCAUGUACCUGGUCAUCCUGGAGCCCCCUUUGAGUGACACGGAGAAGGCUGAGCUGGUAGAGUCCUGCCUGAGCAGCGUCCUCCCCCUGCCGCUUCCGGACGCCCCAGAGCCUUUAUGGAGCAACACCUUGCAUGCCCUGAAGGACUUGCUGAAGAGCCUCCUCCACCGGCACAUGACGCCACACGGCCUGCAGAACAUGUUUGAGCACCUGAGUCCCUGGAUCAAGUCGGCCAAGGAGCACGAGCGGGAGCGGGCCGUGGACGUCAGUGCCGCCAUCCUGGCCUUCUACCGGGAGAAGCUCAACGUCAGCACGGUGGUCCCGUUCUACAACCUGGGCUUCCUCAUGGCCCUCUUCUCCCCGCGCUGCACCGACUCCCAGGCCAGCGUCCGGCAACAUGCCGUGGACUGCGUCUACUCCCUCCUCUACGUCCAGCUCUGCUACGAAGGGUUUUCGCGGGACCACCGGGACGACUCCAUCGAGAAGCUGAAGGCCCUGAAGCCCGGCCUGCGGGACCCCGACGUCAGCAUCCUCUUCCAGGCCUGUUGCAGCAUCGCAAAGGUCAUUGCCAAGCGCCUUCCCCCAGACCAGAUGCUGAGCCUGCUGCUCUCGAUGCUGGAGGGCCUGGCGGAUCCGGACCGGAACUGUUCCCGCGCCGCCACCGUCAUGAUCAACUCCAUCCUCAAGGAGCGGGGGGCCGUCCUGCUGGAGAAGGUCCCGGAGAUCCUGGAGAUGGUGCACGCCAAGCUGCAGGAGGUGGACGAGGAGCCCGUCCGGAGGGCGGCCCAGCAGACGGUCUGCAUCCUGGCCACGCAGCACAAGGCCGCCGUGGUGGCCACCCUCCUGGGACGCCCGUUGCCCCUCGACAGCUGCACGUGCACCAUGUGGCAGGCGCUGGCCUCGGACCCCCCGCUGACCUCCCAGGUGCUGGAGCUGCUGCUGGAGAAGAUCCACCGGGACGUGCCCUACAAGGAGAACAAGUCCUUCCUGCGCGGAAGCACCCCCGAGCGCGUGGCCACCCCCUUCCCGCUGGCCGCCACCUGCGCUCUGCACGAGAUCCUCUCGGUCCGAGAGUCGGGCCCGGCCGCGCUGGGCCUCUACGCAGAGCUCUUCGUCUCGCUCCUGCUCCGGGUCAGCUGCACGGUGGGCGUCCAGCCCCCCCGGAACCUGCCUCUGCACAAGGACAGGAGGAGCCUCGGAGGGAAGGGCGGAGGGGGAGGGCCGGCCCCUCGCCCGCUGGAGCCCUGCAGCUCUGCGGUGGAGACCCUGAAGGCCAUGUUGAUCCAAGGAGGCAGCCAAGAGGUGGUCCGGGCCGUGGCCGAAGCGGGCGGCUGGGAGUGGCUCUGGAGCACCGAGAGGCACCACGACGGAGUGGCCCUUCUGGCCAGCGCCAUGGCGAAGCAUGCGGGUCCCAAGCUGCCCUCCAUCGUGAAGCACCUCUCCCCGAUGUUCAACAGCCUCUACGACAGCCAGCGGCUGACCACCACCGCCUUCUUUGCAGAGCUCCUGGGCAGCAACGUGGUCAACGACCUGGUCCUCCUGGAGUCCAUGAUGGACAGCAUGACCGCCCGGCAGAGGGACUCCUGCAACGCCGUCCGCAUGCUGGCCCUCCGGGGACUGGGCAACAUCGCCUCGGGGGCCCCGGAGAAGGUGCGGAAACACGGGGCCCAGCUGCUGGCCUCCAUGAUGAACGGCAUGGACGACAAGGAGGACCCGAACCACGCGGUGGCCCUGGAAGCCAUGUGCGGCCUCUCCAAGCUGCUGGCCCUCAUGGAGGAGAGGGACGUCCGCUCCAUGCUGCUCCACGUCGCCAUCCGCAUCCGGCCCUUCUUCGACAGUGAGAGGCCGGAGCUGCGCCGCUCGUCGGUCGUCCUCUUUGGGAACCUGACCAAGUUCAGUGCCGGGAGCAGCGAGGACGCUUUCUUCGAGCAGAUCCUCAAUGGCCUGGUGACACUGCUUCUCCACCUGCAGGACCCCAAGGCCGAGGUCAUCAAGGCCUGCAAGUUUGCGCUGCGCAUGUGCGGCCCCAGCAUGGGCUGCCCAGGCCUCUGCGACAUGUUCCAGAACCACCUCCACGAGGACCGCGGCCUCCAUUAUGGCGAGUUCAUGAACGAUGUCUGCAAGCACUUGAUGCAGAGCUACCCGGACACGCUGACCCGCCUGGUGGCCACCAACCUCUUCUACUUCAAGAGCAAUUGGCCUGACAUCCGAGCGGCCGCCCCCAUGUUUGUUGGCUUCCUCGUCCUCCACGUCAACCCAGAGCACGGCCAGCAGCUGGACCUGGACGAGCUCAUUGCAGCGCUGACCGUCCUGCUGAAGGACCCUGUGGCCGCCGUGCGCAUGAAAGCGGCCGAGACCUUGGGCCGCCUGGUCCGGAUCGUGUGAGGGGGGACCGCCUUCCCCGUCCUCCUCCUCCUCCGAGGGACCCAAGUGGGACGGACGCGGCUGCGAGGGGGACGGGACCCCCUCUUUCCCCCACGUCUUCCAGAACGACACGAACGCACCUUGACCCACACCCCCAUCGUCCAAAGGGAAAGACCCCUCCCCACACCCCACAUUUUCAGUCUUCCGGUGCACCUUGGGAUGCCGUGGUGGCCCCUCGGCAGAGCGACGGACGCUUAUGGGGCUGCUCCACUCACUCCUGGAAAAGGGUCCACUCCCAGCCCCACACGCACCCCUUCCUUAGGAAAGAAGAGCCGGCCCCCUGCCCAGCCCGGACCGCUGCCCAUGCCUCGGACACGCCACUCUCGUCUUCCCGUGUCCGGGGUCCCUCCCCCCCCUCCCCCCCUCCUUGGUGGGCUUCCCUGGGGUCCAUCAGCCCCGGCUUCUUCCAGAGCUUCCAUCCUUGAUGUUCCUCUCCGGAGGAACGUCUGUACAUACAACUUAGACAACAUAUUUUUAAUAAAGGAUUUGCUUCUCAGGA